CCAGUGGCCGCGUUGCCCGUGGUCCUUUUUGUUGAGGGUGGGUCUGAUGUUGGGGAGAAUGGUUAAAUGGAUAAGACGGGGCUCAAGGGAAGACCUGGGAAGAGUUUAAGGGCAGGCUAUUCGAGGUGGAAUGGGCGCAGUUAACGGAGGGAAGGAUUUGACACCCUUAAGUACAGUUUUCUGCUUUUCGCAAAUCGGAAGCCCUUUGAACUUCCUCGCGUCGUCUCCAUCUUGCUCUGCGCUUUUCGAAGGGCAGUAGAGUUCCUUUUUGUAUCUUGCUGUUGAUUCCAGAACCCUCUGCACUUCAGCCCCUUGCAGAGAGAGACCAUGCCGAGACCCCGGAAGAGACCACCCGGGGCUGCUGGCCCAGGGAUGAAUGGCAUGCCAAGUGGAUGAAAGGCAGAAAUAAAGCAGUGGAAGAAAAGAAGGGGCAAUCAGAAAAACGUACCAAAUCUGAGAAUUUAGGUGAGGCAUCAGCUAAAGUGGAAAACUCCAGCCUUCAGAAGACUUCAGCCUUUAAAAAAUGUGGGAGGAAUCUAACCAACUACUGGCUGAUGAAGUCAGAGCCAGAGAGCCGAUUAGAGAAAGGUGUAGAUGUGAAGUUCAGCAUUGAGGAUCUCAAAGCACAGCCCAAGCAGACAGCAUGCUGGGAUGGUGUUCGAAACUACCAGGCACGAAAUUUCCUUAGAGCCAUGAAGCUGGAAGAAGAAGCCUUCUUCUACCAUAGCAACUGCAAAGAACCAGGCAUUGUAGGACUUAUGAAGAUUGUAAAGGAAGCUUACCCAGACCACACACAGUUUGAGAAAAAUAAUCCUCAUUAUGACCCAUCUAGCCAAGAGGACAACCCCAAAUGGUCCAUGGUGGAUGUACAGUUUGUUCGGAUGAUGAAGCGUUUCAUCUCCCUGGCUGAGCUUAAAACCUAUCACCAAUCUCACAAAGCUACUGGUGGCCCCUUAAAAGAUAUGGCUCUCUUCACUCACCAGAGGCUCUCAAUCCAGCCCCUGACCCAAGAAGAGUUUGAUUUUAUUUUGAGCCUGGAGGAAAAUGAACCAAGUUAACUGAGUAUUGCUGCAGUGGACAAGCCAUUACUCUAAAGGUGGCAAGGUUUUAUAAAACAAAGGAUGGUGUACAGAGGCUUGUGUGUUAUGUUCACCUGAUAUUUUUUACACAGAUAUUUUUUUUUCCUAUUUCUUUCAAUAAAACAUUUAAUGUCAAA